AUGUGCCCUCCAAGACCUCCUUCUGCCUCCAAUCAUUUACACCCUGAAGUGGCGCAAAAACGUCCAUUUGACACUCGAUCAGCGGCUGAUACAGAGCAGAGAUCCGAGUUCAGUCUCUUGUACCCAAGAACGGUCUUCAGGGAUAUACGAGGGAAACGAGGUCGGUUGUUCUCGGAAGACGGGAGGCGGUUCUCAACUCCUAAGUCCCCGCACCCCACCCCCACCCUUCGAACCCCACCCCACCACCCUAACCCCACUUCAAACCCCAAAUACAAUUCCUCAAGUCACACCUCCACACACUAUCCACCCAUGCCCCCUCCAAACCCCAACCCCAAACCAAACCCCACCCCAGAAGCCCCCACACGUUCCAACACCUGCACACACCAACCCACACCUCACGCUCAACUUCACACCAUAGUCUAUGGUGUUGGACCAAGCGAUGCCUUCGAGGCAAAAGGAACAAGAGUCUUCGGAGAUUCCCGGGGCUUCAGAGAGACGAAAGGACGGCAUGAUACUCGGGUGCUCCUGGAGUGUCUCCAAGCAAUACUUCGUCGGAUCUUGGCCUUCUGCCCUCGGGUCAGAAGCUUUUUGAAGUCCAGACAGGAUCUACAACGGUGCGAAAUCGUGGCCCGACACCUGGAAAAGGAACUGGAAAAGGUCCAUUCAAAUCUUGGAUUUUUCCAGUGUCUUAAAACUCUGAUGACUGAAAAGGUUGGUCACAUUUGCGUGUUUUCUGCUGUGUGUCUGACCUUAGGAGCCAUUUCUUUGCUGAUGAGAUUUGUAUGCAGUAAGAAGCAGGAUAUUGACUUGGAAGAUGAGCAGCAGGAAAAUGACGACUUCGAACUAGAGUGGUCAUCUCUGGAUAGUUCUCUUGAUGAAACAGAAGAAUUUGAGGAAUUGCAGUUAAUGGAAGAAAAGGCUCUUCUCGAGAGACAGAAAGAGGAGUUAGAAGCUGAGAAUGGACGCCUCUGCAGGAGGAUUGACGCCAUCCAGAAGGAGAAAGAGGCAGAGAUAGCAAGUCUUUCUCAGAAGAUUCGAGCUGCCCAAGAAGAGAGGAAAGCAGUGGUCGAAAGGUCAGCCAAAAACAUCAGGAACCUGCAACAGUCAAAAACAGGACUGAAGCAGUAUGACCUCGUCUUCUCUGGUUACGAAGCCCUUCAGAGCCAAAGGGCGGAAGAGAAUGAAAAUGCCAAGAAGAUCAUUGAUGACCUCCAGGAAAGGAAUGACCAGCUGCUGAAGGAAAUAGCCGACAAAGAAGCGUUGGCUCAACAACACCUAAAGAAAGCCGAGGAUCUGGAAGAAUCUGUUCGCCUGUUGAAAGAGGAGCUGGAAAGGACUAAGGAAGGAAACCGAGCCCAUAUUGAAAUUCAAUCCGGGCUAUUGAAAGAGAAGGAAGAGUUAAAGAAAAGUACAGAGGAAACCCACAAGGCUGGCAAGGAAUGCCUGAACACUCAAAAGGCUGAGAAAGGUCAGAGAAAACUAAUCACGUUCGACCUUCCACCUGAUCAGCCACAGACAAAAAGUAGCAUCUUCUCAGGCCUUGGAAGUCCCAAAGAAUCGCCCAAGAGUCGUCAGGCUACUAGUGGGCAAAAGGAAAAAGAGAAGAUUGUUAUAACUGUAAAGAAAAGGGUUAAGGAUGGAAAAAGAGAUGUAAGUUUUGAGAAGAAAGAAGCCCACAAGCCUGAAGAGGGAUGCCAGCGACCCCAACAGGAAAGGAAAGUAGAACGAAAACGUAUCGUCUUCGAUCUGGAACCGGAUCAGCCUGAGGUGAUCAGAAGCAUCUCAGGCCUUUCAAGACCUCUGCCUCGACAUCAGCCCCCACGAUACGACCAGGAAGAAAACUGGAUAGUAUUCAGGGGAGAAAAGUUGCAACUGAAGAGACUUGAGGAAAUGGAAGGAGAAAUGACAGUCGAAUUGGAUGUCCCCAGGAAUUUCCACCGAGCUAUCAAUGGAAUCCAGGGAAGGACACUGGAGGAGAUCACCAACAAGAGUGGUGUCGCCCUCAUUCAGAUGCCAGGGAGGUUUGAGGAAUCAGAUCUGAUCACCAUAGUUGGUACAGCCGAGCAAGUUCGACUAGCAGCUGGUCAUAUUGAACGUCUCAUCAGCAAGCUGCACUGA